AUGCCACCUAUCUCUCCUUCUCCUUUCUCCAUCAAUAACUUGCUGAACCCUUCAGAAGACACCGGUACGCAAGGAUCGAUGGCCCGAAGCCAAAAUUGGGCGGAAGAAAUGGAAUUUGAGGAAUCGAUGAGAGGUUCGAUGGUUGAAGAGACCACUCCGACUCUCAGCCCUAACCCGGGUCUAGAAACGUUGUGGAAUACCCUUCUGAAAAGAAAGGAUGUCAACGGCAGUCUCACGUUAUCGGAUAACGAGACCAAAUUAAUAUCGUCACUUAUCAAAUCUUCGAUUCAUGAAGCUUCGGCAAACAAAGCGGCAAACACUAUAACUACGUUAACCCAAAAAUUAAAUGAUAUUCAAAAAACAGUAAACAAUCUACUCAGAACUCAAAAAACACAACAAGAGGUGAAAUCGUGGGCUCAAGUUGCUAAAGGCAACAUAAUUACAAUCGCCAUCAACAAAGCCCUAAAAGAAAUCGAUGCAAAAAUAGAGGAAGAAUUGAUUCAGGUCAAAGGUGUCACAAGAUUACAGUCGGGUGACCUGAGAAUUUAUGCUAAAUCUAGGAUUAUGACCAAGUGGUUAUUUGAAAACAAACACAAAUGGACCCAUAGAGCGGAUCCGUUGUUAGUCACCCCCCCUUCCAAAUACCCGGUCAUCUUACACUCAAUCCCUACUUAUUUUGAAGCCACUGACAAUUUUUUUAAAACAGAAUUAUGUAAAGAAAAUGGCAUCGAGGAGAUAAAAGUCCAAUCAAUCAAAUGGCUAGGCAGACCAAAAGAGGAUGGAAAAGCACAUGGAUCAAUUAUCUUAAACUUACUUGACAAAGAGGUAGCGGCGAAAGUUGAAAAAGGAGGCUUGUUCCUUCAAAGUAUGUAUUUACCGGGGGCAAAAUAUAAUCGCCCACCUAUGCAAUGUUACAGAUGCUUAGAAAUGAACCACUCUGCAAGGUUCUGCCCAAAUGAACCGUUAUGCUCCAAAUGUGGAGGAAGUCAUGAAUCUAGAACGUGUCCUAUAGAAGACACAGACUUAAGAUGUGCAAAGUGCUGGAAUGCAGCAAAAGAAAACACUGAUGGAGAGCUGCCAAAUUCGGCAGAUGAAAAAUUUGCACACUCAGUUUUUAGCUCAAUUUGCCCCAUGAAAAACGAUUUGGCUCCACAAAGCAGGAGAUUUUAUAUGAAUAAAAAAUUAUGA